CUGCUUGCCGCUAACACGCGUGUGGCCGAGAAAGAAAGAUAAAGCCAGCCGUUCACGGCACACCGCGCCGCCGAACGGCAUGCUGCGGUGGCACGCCGGCGCCAGCACCGUCGUCGCUCCGGCCCCGGCCCCGCCCUCGCGCGCGCCGCCGCACAAGCUCGCGCCCCGGCCGGCGGCGCGCCGCCGCCUCCGGCCGUGCAGCGCGAAGAAGGCGGCGGACGACGGCGAUCGAGCCGGAGGCCGCUCGUUGCUCUCCAAGAGCGUGCUCCUACGGUCCGGCGUCGCGCUGUUCGCCCUCGGCUUCGUCGAUGCCGGGUACAGCGGCGACUGGUCUCGCAUCGGCGCCAUCUCCAAGGACACCGAGGAUUUGCUCAAGAAGGGCGCCUACGUCGUCGUGCCGCUCUCUCUGGCCCUCAUAUUUUCGUUGCCCGAAGACAGCAACAGCAAACCUUAGGAUUCGGGAAGAGUGAAUUGCAGCACGAGUAUCUUAGUAGUAGUAGCACCAAUUGGUCGUUUUUCUUCUUUUGUGCUAUCAAUCAUUGGUCUUUAUGACGAACUGGAGUAGUGGAGUAAAAUCACAAUGUGCUUCUGCGAUUCUCAGUUUGUUGAAGAGAAAACGCGAGUUCAAGUGAAUGUAUACUGCAAUAUGUAAAGUUACAGUGGAGGGAUCCAGGAGAACGUCAGUUUUCUGAAGA